CCCAGGGAGCCAGGCUGAUAGGUCUAUACUAUGCUUUGUUCUAAACAACUUCCGGUCCUUCUACUUUCGUUUUAGAUUGCACCAUAUCUAGUAUCGUUUAAACAUACCACUGGAUGAAUACAUGUCGUACAUUGUGGCUCACACAUAGAAAGAAUGGCCACGUCACCGUCAGUUGAAUGGCGCCAGAAAGGCAAUGACGUUUAUAAAACCGUCACUGAUGGACUUAGCCCCGUGAUACAGAAAGAGCGCCUCAACAGCGCGCUCAACUACUACCAAAGAGCGUUGAAUGCGGCGGCGACCCCGAAUGAAAGAUCAUCGGCUGCCAAGAACCUUGCUAAAGCAUGCUGGAAAAUGGCCCCUGUCGUAAAGGCAAGAGACGAGAAACCGGAGAUCAUCCGAUUCUACUUCAAGGAGGCACUGAAAUAUUUCCGUGAUGCAAGAUCGGCCAGUAAAGAUCAGAAGCUAUCCUGGCUGGAAGAUCUUCUGACGUCCGCCAUUAUGUGCUGGACAGAGUUCCUGGGGUACAUGGAUAACGCCGACAUAGAAACACGGAUCCGCGAGCUGCAUGUAGCAGUUGACUACGUCAUCGAUGACGUCACACGAGCUGAGGCGUACCUGGAGAUAGCCGGUCACUAUUUCCAUGCGGGGAUAUCGGCACUUCAGGAGCGCGAGUACAAGAAAAGUCUGAGUCUGCUCAAAGAUUGCUGUUUCCCCUUGAACGAGGCGAAGCGGCUCGGCACAUCGUCGUCUGGCGUGCUGGAGGGGGUGGAGCACCUGGAGAGGGACUUCUUCGUGCAGAUGUGCAUCACGGAGUCCAUCAAAGCACGCGUUACCGGUGACGAACUCUUGUCGUGUGUGAUCCGUGACGAAGAGGUGCUGAACAUUGACAUGGUGUGGGAGAUCACAGACUGGUACAGGACGGCGAUUAUGCUGACGCGAGAGAGUGACUUAGAGAUGGAGGCAAUUGCCCACUCCCGUCUGGGGCGAGUCUAUGACCAGGUGUUGAUGAUGAAAGACAAAGCUAAGGAAAACUUCAACAGAUGUCUGCAUCUCGCCAACCUCAUGGUGCCAAGGACAUUCCAUAGUGAAGAUUGGCUCAUCUACGCCAAAUCAGCCCUACGACGCUACCAACAACAAACUGUCAGGGAGGAGGAGAUAGCCAAACAGGAGGAGAGGGCCAAGGUCAACGACGAAAUCAAGGACGAUCUAACGAAGAUCAACUCAACCUUUGAGAAGUCGACUAAGAUGGAGUUUUUGGAGUUUCUGUACAAGACCUACCCUCCCACAAACUCCACCUAUAAGAAGGAAGCCCUCCCAGACAAUCCCGACAUAAAGGGGGUAAAUAAGGUGUACUGCAAGGCCGUGACGCACUACCACCCCGAUAAAGUGGAUGUGGAGAAGCAUGGGCUCAAGUGGAAAGUGCUGAGCGGAGAGAUCACCAAGCUGCUCACAAUGAGCUAUGAAGAUAUGAAGUAGAAGGGGCGGUGGGGUAGUCUAGUGGAUACAGCGUUCGCUCGUUACGCUGAAGACUCCGGUUGGAUUCCCCACAUGGGUACUAUGUGUGAAGCCAAUUUCUCCGCCGUAAUUGUGCUUGAAUAUUGCUAAAAGCGGCGUAAAACCCAACUCACUCACUAACUCUGAAGUAGAUGAAGUCGUUACACAAGUUAACAUCACUCACAGAAUUCCAAGAUGUUUCAAAUCUAGAUUUGUACAUGUAUACUCAUUUGAUAAUUGUGUUGUGACGAGUCCGUUAUACAUGUUUGUUUGUUUGUUUGUUUGUUUGUUUGUUUGUUGUUUAACGCCGCACUCAGCAAUAUUCCAGCUAUAUGACGGUGGUCUGUAAAUAAUCGAGUCUGGGCCAGACAAUCCAGUGAUUUACAUCAUGAGCAUCGAUCCACGCAAUUGGGAUCGAUGACAUGCAUCAACCAAGUCAGUGAGUCUGACCACCCGAUCCCGUUAGUCGCCUCUACCGACAAGCAUAGUCGCCUUUGACGGCAAGUAUGGGUUGCUGAAGACCUAUUCUACCCCGGAUCUUCACGGGUCCUGUUAAAUAUGUAAUAAGAAACACACGUCUUAAGAAUGUAAUAGAUCUUAGAUUAUAUAAUGAAUAUAUUGUCAGCAAGCGUUGCUAACUGUCCAUCUAUUCGUACACACCGUAUCCAAUAUCAUGCAUUUAUUUAAGAAUUAAAGGACGCUGGGGAGUGUUAUAUUGUACGAUAAACAACGAGCCGUUUACUUCUGAUAUGAGGUGUCAACAUUAUUAAUAUUAUUAUAAUAUCAAAAUAUAUAUAAAAAAAAGAUUUUUUCAGGAUUUAAACAUAAUUACCCGUAUUUAAGUAAUGGUGAAACCAUACAUACAAUCCAAUCUCAGCAAUGUUGGGAUGUCCAUUUUAUGAAAGGGGGUUAAGUUUGGUAUUACCUGAAUAUUCAAACAAUUCUCACGUUGAUUAUCUUUUCUUCAAAUACCGAUUUCCCUAUCUCGCCAACUUUCGGAUGCGACCGUCUGGCCAUUGCGUUUAUCUGCGUUGCCCAGCUACAUCUAGGGGAAACAAUUCACUUCUCUCUCAGAUUGACCUGAUGUAUGUGAGUACAUGCUGGUCAGUGUUUGUCUUCAGCCAUGUUCUGUGUCUUUAUCAAUUUAAAUCAAAACGUGAUUAAGAUCCGGGUUAGAAUAGUUCUUUAGCAACCCAUGCUUAUCAUAAGAGGCGACUGAUAGGAUCGGGUGGUCAGGCUCGCUGACUUGGUUGUUGUAUAUCACCGUAUGCUCAUUAAACCAAUCACCGGAUUGUCUAGACUCGAUUAUUUACUGACCGCCGUCAUAUACUAGUACAUGUAGCUGGAGUAUUGCUGAGUGGGGCGUUCAACAACAAACAAAUAAACAAAUCAUGAUCAGAGACAUUUGUUGGUUUGUAUUUACAAUAUAUGUGUAAUAAAUGUGUAAUAAAUGUUGAGACGUUU